AUGUCAUCAACAACACCCACUGCUCCAUCCGAGCCUUCUUCGUUCUGGGAGGGCCUCUUCCAAUCGGUGUUCACACCCGAAUACAACACCGUCCCACAGCGCAUCAUGAACUUCUCCUUCUACGGCCUCUUCCUCGUUCUCUUCGUCCUCGUCUUCCUCACCAGCUACAACCCGCACGUCAUUGCACUCCUCACGCUCGCUGUCGGGCUCUGGAUGAGCGUCAACUGGUUCAUGAAGGAGCUCGCCAAUCUCCCAGCGUCCAGCAAGCAGGUCCAACAAAUGCCUUCCUCAGAAGAAACAAAGAAGGACUCAUAG